GUUAUUGAGUGAUGUCCCUUACAAAAUGGCUUCCUACCUCGAGGAACCGUUGAAGAUUCAAUUAGUCCACGGUUCUAAUACUUAUUUACUGACUUUAAAACCAUCUUUGGAUGAGGAUGGUGAUGAUAUUGACAUUUGUCACUUAACUGCAGAAGUAGAGAAUUUGACUGGCAUCCCUAAAGAGAAGCAGAAGCUUAUUUUCAAAGGUCGGACACUCUCUACAGAUAGUAAGAAUCAAACAGGAUUAAGGGCACUUGGCCUGACAAAUGGAGCGAAGGUCAUGGUUCUGGGCUCAAGGUCUCCGUCAGUUGAGGGUGCAUCCAUCUCAUCAAGCCAGGAUGCUGGCUCAUCAGUUAAUAAGUUGGAAAAUUCACUACUUGGGGACCAGGACAAAUUGCAAACUCUUGAGUCAUCUUUGGAGAAAGAGGCUAAAAAUCUUACUACCCUGAUAGAGGAUAUCAACUUCUUGAACAGCAACUCUCAAGGUGCUGGGAUUGAACGAAGACAACUUGAGCAAGGUCGAAAGGAGCUGAUGGCUUCUGUGGAAAGCUUUAUGCAGCUCUUGGAGUCAUUAGACAGUCUACAGCUAAGUUCAGAUGACUUGACAUCACGUAGCAAACGCAAGAAUAUGGUUGAUAGAAUACAGAAACUUAUGGAUCAAUGUGAAAAGUUGGCAGAAAAGCUUAAAGACAAGAAUGAUCCUUGAUGUUUGGCCUUAACAUGAGGUGCCAGACAUCUUGCAUCCUUUAUUUACGAAUAUAGAUCACUGUGAUCUUUAUAUGCUAAGUCAGUGGAUUUGGUGGCUGGUAUAGAAUAAAAGCAACAAGGAUAUUAAGGAAACAUGUCUCAUGGUUGUGCAAGGAGGGAAAGAGAGAGAGAAAGAAACAUUCCACGGUCUUUUAAGGUGAAAAAUCGCCAAUGCAUGUUUUACUGUUCCAAGAGCAAAGCAUCCAAGUUUUAAAGUUUACAAACCAUCUAGUGUAAAAUGACAUUGUACUAAAAAUCAUUUGUAAUGGGAUACAGUAAACAUAAUCAUUGUUUAAAGCUCUUUAUGGAGAUGUGUUAGGUUACUGGAGAAUUUGAGAUUGAUUCAGUUUAAUACAUCAGUACAUAAUAUUUAUUGGAGACAAUAUUGAUGCUUUUAAGACAUUGUGUGCAUGUACGUGCUCAUGGUAUACAUGCAUGAAAAUAAAAUAUUUACUUUGUACCUCUGUGUACAUAUGUGCGCCAGAUAUUUCUUUCAUAUCAUUUCCUUUCCUGUCUUUUGUGAUUCAUUUUAAUCUGUGCACAACUGGGUGGUAUUCAGAGACAAAAGGUAGCUUUGAAUCCAGCUUAACGUGGAAUGUUACUACCUUCAAGUUACUGAUUGCAUAAUACAUAUCAGGUAUGGAAUACAUGUAUAUGCACUGGAAUACAGGGUUAACUAUAAAUGCACAGGUGAUAAAGUUGGUGUGAUUGCAUUGUCUCAUAAAUAGGAGGGUAUUUUCUCAAUUAGAAUCUUGUGAUGAAGUAAAUCAACCAGUUUAAUAAAGUGUAUUCAUAAAUCAUUAAUGUUCAUUGACUUAUUCAAUAUGGACAAAAUCCACUCAGUUGAGCUGCAGCAGUGAAGACAUAAACGUGCGGGUGUGAACUGUAUAGGAAGAGUUAAAAAAGCUAACCCAAGCCAAACUAAGAAAAUUAAGGUCAAAGUUGCAGCAAGUUAAUAGAACAACUGUUAUUGGUUUGUUAAAAUAGUGUAUAUUGAAUUUUUAAUUGCUUUUAUAUUUUUUGUUAGAAAAGAACAUGGGUUUACCUAAAUUCAUUCUUAUGGUGUUGCUAAAUUGAAGAGCUUUAAACAUAUGAAUAAAGGUGUUUUUCUCAACCAGCAGUCUGACUUGUAAUGCCACAGGUGAUUAUAUCUUUCAAAACACAGGUGAAAACUGCAGUGUUUAAAGGUUUGUAUAAAACACAUUUUUUUUAAAAACAUAUUUAGGGAAUUAGUAUCAUUUUAUUCACUGAUAAACUAGUGAUUCACUUAUAAACCUUUUCUUUAAAAAAUGUUUUACACUUGGGCUAACCUUUAUUCAUUAUCUUACAAUGAUUCUGGCUUAUGCGUUUCAAUUAUUCCUGUCAGUCCAGUGAAAGGACGGGAAAAUGUGGUAUUGCUUUACUGGUGCUAUGUCAUAGGUUGAUUCAUGAUGUAUUGCAUGAUGUGAAGAUCUUAAAUUAUUGUUACGUAGACUUUGUUUUAUCAUUGUAAAGUGUUGUUAGAUUUUUUUGGUUCUCUAUGGCACAAAUAGCAUGUGUGUGUGCUUGCAUACGUGCACACACAUGCAUGCUUAUAAAAGAAUAAAAAGAUGUCUUUAUUUGUGCUCUGUCAUUUUUUUUUUUACAUUCGUCUUCAUGAAACAUGUCUGGAAUCGGCUCCUAUUGCUUUUUCUGCCUCAAGACAUCCAAAAAAUCUUUUACCAUAAUCUGCUCUCAAUAAGUUGUUUAUAAUUGUUUCCUUUUAGACCUCACUAUACCUAAACUGCUGAUAGACAUAUCAUGGCUCAUUAACUUGAAAUGCAAUUGUGAAAAAGUUAGGUUUUGAAAAAAGAUAGGAUGCUUUCUUAGCUUAAGAUCUAUUUCAGGUUUCUGGUGAAUAAUGAUAAAAAGUAUGCUGCCAUAAAUACUGAUAUUCUAACGUGCUUUUAAUGAAUUUUUGUUAUUUUUAAGGUGGCAUGAGUGGUGAAUGAUGAUCUUGGUGAAUUGGGAAUGAGAAAUUAUUUCUGACAUAAUAAAACAGUUUCUUUAUUUCUCAAUUUUGAAAUAAUUUUUACCACCUUCAAUUGUACUCCUUUUUUUUUUUUUUCACAGCAUGAUAAUUUUAUCAACCUGCAUUCUCCCAAGAAAUGUUUUUGAAAAAAUUGUAUUUGUUGGGUUUUUGCUAUUGCAAAUACACUUCUAAAAUGAAAAUUAACAUUGAAGCAAA